AUGGACGACAGCGAGAUUUACAUGAAAAUGCAGAUCGUAAAACCGGACUCACCGUCUCCAUCGAGAGCUGCACAUGAACAGGAGCCGAAACAGAAAAUCGGAAAUAGACGGUACCGUCAGAUCUGUCUACUCUGCAUCGUUGCGGCCGCCCUCAUCGUGAUUGUGGUCGGAAUCCCGGUUCAUGAUCAAACGUGUUCCCAUGACUGGAUCAGAAAUGAAGACCGGUGUUAUUUCAUGUCCACGUUGGAAACAUCUUACGAUGAAGCGAAGGAACGUUGUUCCAACUUUGAUGCAUGGCUGCUGAAAAUAAAUUCAGAACAAGAGGAGAAUGUUGUGUCCAACGCCGUCGUCCAUCCAUUCAGAACAUACUGGAUUGGAAGAUGCGAAAACGGGGAAGAGGCUUCUAGCCUUAUGUACAGGGAUUACAUGGAAGCGUCCUUCUGCGUUAACUGCGACUCGCACGAACGGAAGGAACUUUGCAAUCGUCAACACCGUUUCAUCUGCGAGAAGCGUCCAUAUUUGGACAAGGAUCUCUGCUAA